AUGCUGAAACCACUCAUCUGGGGGUCACAAGCCCCUGAAUGGGAAGAGGACGCGGAAGACGAAGGGGGACUUCCGGGUUGGCAACGGAGCUCCCAAAACUCGACCGCGAGCGCGGUCCCCAAGCAAGAGCAUCAACCCCAGCCUGCUAGCAGCAGCUUGCGUGGGACCUACGACGUUAACCGGAAGGGCCUGGCGGGUCCCCUCAGCGUCAACGACCCGCAGCUGCUGGAGCCCCCGACCCACAGGCUGCGCUUCACCAACUCGGAGAGCUUCUUCAACAUCGCGUCCCCCUUCGGCCCCCCCGGCGCGAGCAACACUUGGAGCCUGUCGCGGAGAGACGCUCCCGAGCACGUCCACCUCCUGCUGAGGGCGUUCAUGGCGGCGCACGACUACGCGGGCGCGGCGCGCGCGCUCGCGACCCUACACCGGCUCCACUCCCUGUUCGACCCGGACGUGUACCGGUACACGGUGGCCUUGUUGCGCCUUGCCGGAGAUCACCAGAAAACCAGCAUGUAUUUCCGCAAGAUUCUGGGGAAGAGGUUGCUGGCCGGUGUCUUCGCCCCCAAAGGGGGGUCCGUGCAGGGGUCGGUGCGGGGGAGAGCUACGGCGCACGACUUCUUGGCGUACCUCGCCGACAGGCAGGAGUUCGACGAAGCCCUCGACAUCAGCCAGAACCUUUUGCAGGGCGGCUCGUUCUUGAGCCACGGCCCCUUCAAGCAGGACCCCUCGCUUAAGGCGCACGGCGCGGUGCUCCGCCUCUUUGUCGCGCUCCUGGAGCACCAAGUCUGCAGCGGCCGUAACGAUACUUCCGACGGCAGUUCUUCUGCCACCGAUGCCCCUGCCCCUCCUGCUGGCGAUGCAGCUGCUGCCACCAGACGACGGCGACCUCCCCCACUCAUCCCCGGGCUGCAGGACCCGCUCUCGCUUGUUGGCCGGCUGCGGGCCUGCUGGAUCGAUUGCGCCGCCGGUGCAGCCGGCGGCGGCGGCAGCGGCGGCAGCCGUCAGGCGCGGGCGCUCGAGCAUCUCAGGGAUAAGUCGACAGCAGCGGCGACGCCGCCACCGCCGCCGCGCCCGGGAACCAUCCGGGACCACCUGUACGGAGCGGACCCGCCGUGGGCGCCGACAGAUUUUGCUGCCGCCAGGGGCCGGGGCGUUGGUUCUGGCCUCGCCGACGGUCGCGCCGGAGUUGGGGGUGCGUUGGGAGGACAAGCGACGGGUGAGAGGGGUGGCGGCGACAGCGGCGGGUUGUCGGCGUUAGGAUCGUAUUCGCCGCACCCCCUUCUCCGAGGCGUGGACGCAGAGCUGUGGGAGGAGACGGUGUUGGACCCGGGUGCAGAGCCGUUGCUUCUGGCCCCGGGGAGGGGCGGGGGCGGCCGGGGACAGGAUGGGGGUAUUUGGUGCAGUGACGACGAGGACUGCUGCAGUGCUUCGGACGACGAAUCGGCCCUGCUGCAGGAGCGCGCGCGCCUGGCCUCCCGGGGGACCGGCGGCUGCGUCUACUUCUCGCCCCCGGGGGGCGAGGACGGGGUUUUCCAGAGGCGGCGGAAAAGAAGAGGAGAGGAACGGGGCGCCGCGCGCACAUGCUCGCGACGGCCGUUCUUGGAGACGAUGACGGUGGCUGGGAUAGUGCUAGAAGGCAUGGCAGAGACUCAGGCGACGGGGUCGGAAGGGGGUGAUCAUGCGAGGGACCCGGGGGCAACGGAGAGGGAGGUGGAAGACGGAAUUGGGCGGGGGCGUCUUCGCCAGGGAGGCGGUGACGCUGCUGUUGCUGCUGUUGCUGCUACGCCGCAGAGCCACGAGGUUGAGAAGGUCGUGGUGAAUGCCGCCGGGGGCGAAGCCGAAGGAGGAUCAAGCGAAGACGAUGGGGGGGUGGCUAGUAGGGCGACAAAGCGACGGCGGCGGCAGGGGGCGUCGGAGGAGCAGGGGGCAUCUGGGGGAGCCCCUGGUAGCAGCGGUAGAGGUAGAAAUAGGUCCAAACGACGCGACCUCGAGAGCGAGGAUGAUGACUACGAGCCGGAUGAUGACUACGAACCCGAAGAAGACUACCAACCGGAAACCACCGGCGUGGCCCAGCCAAGGGCGGGGAAACUGAAACUCGAGCAGGAGGAGGGCGACCAAGACACGGCGGCGUGGCUUUUGGCGGACAAGUGCUGUGUGGCGGCGCACUUGUUCGGGCCGCAGCACCGCUACUGCCUGAGGGCGAUCGGACGACUGUGCCGCGAGGACGUCAGAGAGGCCGCCCGCCCGGCUCGUGCGGCACUGAGAAGCCAAGGUUUCCGACUUCAACUAAGCUUGACAAGGCUCGCCGCGGACAACGUUCGGGCCGAGGCUGCCAAGGAAGGGAAGGCGAGCGUCGCUUGGGGCCUUCCAGACGCACCACUGGCGGCACAGCACGUGCUCCCCUUCGACAGCUACGUGCCGGAACCGGUUGGAUCUCUGGCGGCUGCCGACGACAGCAGCAACUGA